AUGGGUCGCUUGCGCUUGAGCAAGAAGGUCCGCCUCUUGGGUCCAGAUCUUCAACGUAAAAUCAGCUUCUUCUCGGCCCUGGGAUUUGGUCUCAUCUUCGGCCUCCUGUCGCUCAAUGCAGAGGAUCCGGAGGAGCUCUUUGCCACGGCGACAGGCUUGCCAAGAAGACUGCAAACAGCGACCACCGAGACCACGACAACAGCAGGGAAUUUUUAUCCACCGCCGGACCUCCUGCUGAAUCAGCCCUACUUCGAGGAGCCUCCAGGAAGGAAGGCCCUGGCAGUGCUCCAUGUGAUCGGAAUUGCCUACAUGGUUUUGGGGCUGAACACUGUCUGCGAUGUUUACUUUGCCGGUGCCAUCGAUCUUCUUUGCGACGCGUGGGAUUUGACCCCUGAUGUGGCUGGUGCAACUUGGAUGGCUGCUGGGGGAUCAGCUCCUGAAUUCUUCACUUCCAUGAUUGGUGCAACCAUGGCCCAAAAUGACAUUGGCUUCGGCACUAUCGUUGGAUCUGCCGUGUUCAACGUCCUGUUCGUAGUUGGCCUGUGUGGCUGGGUAGCGAAAGGAAACAUCGAUCUGACAUGGUGGCCUCUCUUCAGGGACUGCUCAUACUACAUCGUCUCCUUGGCAGUUCUGGCUGCUUUCGUGUCGGACCAGUAUGUGAAGCCGUGGGAGGCCGGGAUACUCCUUGGAAUGUAUCUCAUCUACGUGGGUUUCAUGCUGGUCAACCGACCCCUGAAUGUCUGGGCGUACCAGAUGACGGGCACGCCGCUGAACAAAGAGCUCAGGGAUUAUGUGCAGGAGAGGCAGAAGGUCAGCAACAAGGUGGAGCCGCUGGAGGCAGUAGAGGAAGCUGCCCCAGCAGCUCAGCCAUCCGACGAGCCGCCAAAGCCUGCAAAGGACAAUUACAUGGAGCCGGACAAGGUCGUUGUCAAGACCACUCCCCUUGAUGACGACGAUGGGAAGGAGCCCGAAGAUCUGUUGGAGGGCAAGCUCAAGGACGAGAAAGGCAUGGGGAAGGACGACGGCAAGGAUGGUGGAGGGGACGGUGAAGACGAUGAGGACGAUGACGAACCCGAUGACUUCAUGGAACGUCCUGAGGGACUGUUCAGCACCAUCAUCUGGGUUUUGAGCCUGCCGGUUUACGUGCCCCUCUACUUCACGCUGCCAUGGCCUUCUAAGGGCUCGAAGCUGUAUAUGGUCACAUUCGGGCUGGCAUUGUUAUGGAUUGGUGGCUUUGCCUUCUUGCUCGUCUGGUGGACCGAGACCGUUGCAGCAGUCAUUGGGAUUCCAACCAUUAUAUCCGGGUUGACGUUCCUGGCGGCCGCAACCUCGAUUCCGGAUGCAGUGAGCUCCAUGGCUGUGGCUCGCAAAGGCCAAGCAGACAUGGCCGUGAGUUCAUCGGUCGGAUCUAACAUCUUUGAUAUCCUCGUUGGGCUUCCAGUUCCCUGGCUGUUGAAAAGCGCCAUCGAAGCCAACAAUCCUCUUUUCCAAGGCGUCUUCAUCAGGUCGCCAUUCCUCAUGUUCUACACCUGUUUGCUCUUAGCAAUGGUUUUCGGCACAGUGGUGAGCAUCAUGAUUAGCAAAUGGAAGCUCAACAAGUUCCUCGGCGGAUGCAUGGCCGUCCUCUACGUCUUGUUUAUCAUUGCCUGUGUCGUGAUCGAAGAGACAAGCGUCGUCGAGAUGUUGAAGGCUAAGUACGGAUGCCUCAAGGGACAGCGAGCGCGGGUCAUUGGGGAGACUCAGUCGCUGCUCCAGUUCGAGGGAGGCAAGACAGCACCGAAGGCCCACGAAGGCAGCGGCUGGAAGUGGGUGAUUCGGGAAGAGGAGGAGUCCAAGCAAUCUGCUGCAGAGGCGCAGUUGGCUGCACUGCAGAAGGCUGCCGCACUUCAGGCCGAGCAGGUCGCAGCUCAAAAGGCCGCAGAGCUAGCACGUGCACAGGCAGAAGCCAAGGCUUAUGCCGCAGCGCAAGAAGCCAUGCAAGCCAAGGUGCGGCAUGCUGGACCCGAUUCCGAAGACAGCAGAACCCUUAACGGCCUCGGACGAGGGCGAUGGGGAAGUUACGAGGAGGUCUGCCAUACCUUCACGUAUGGGGAAGUCUUGGCGUGGGCGCAGCGUAUAGCAGGGCAAAUCCUGCGCGACACAGUGCCAACGACCAGUGAAGUGCUUGUGGCUCUACUCCUGAACCGCUCGGUGCUUGCUCUUGCAGCAGUUUUUGGCGUUUGGGAAGCUGGCGGCGCCUACAUUCCCGUGCCGAAAGAUACUCCACUGCAGCGUCGACUUCUGCUAUGUUCGGAUGCGAGUCUCGUUUUAACUGAUGACGCAGACCGUGAGUUGGAGGAUGGCUUGAGCUUGAGCUCUGGCCCCGCCGUCCGCCUGCUUGACACCUUUGUGCCUGCUGAUCUGGGCAUCAGCCUGCAGAGCGAGGGCAUCCCAGAUCCCAGCCGAAUAUGCAUGGUGAUGCACACGUCCGGAUCGACCGGACGACCCAAGGGUGUGGUGUGCGAUCAUCGUUGUCUCUGGCACUCGGUGAGCUGUUUCACCGCAGAUCUAGGCGAAAACAACUGUCGGAGCCUUCUUUGGAAAACGCCCUACCAGUGGAGGACAGCCGAGUACGAAAUGUUCCCUGCGCUUUGUCUGGCAGGUUGUGUUUUUAUCGCGCCGGAUGGGUUUCAGAAACAGUUGACCUGCGUUUCCGAUGCCAUCCGCGACCAUGACAUAUGCGUUAUCGCUGGCGUGCCUUCAGUUUUGACGCACAUGAUGGAGCAUCUCUCGUCAUGCGUUUCGCUGAAGCACGUCGUAGCCGUCGGAGAGCCACUGCCGCAGAAUCUUUGCAGCAAGGCCUUGGAAGCAUCUCUUCGUCUGAGCAACUAUUACGGCUUGACAGAGACAGGCAUGACGACAUGGCGUUGCCGUGCCGUGCCACAAAGUGCCACAGCCCCCGUGGGACAACCGCAGCCCUCGAUAGAAGUCACUUUAUGUGAUGGAGAAGGCAGAAGUGGCCUUCAGGGGGAAGUCAUGUUUGGCGGCAUUAUGUUCCGCUGCUAUUUGAACAUGCCCGAGCUUACAGCGCAGAAGUUCCGGCAGGUGGACGGCCGAAUCGCCUUCCAGAGUGGCGAUUUUGGGAAAUGGAACGGCCAGGAGCUGGAAGUUUGCGGGCGCAUUGACAACCAGGUCAAGCUCCAUGGCGUGCGGAUAGAGCUGGCAGAGAUCGAGGCCGCUUUGGCGCUCUUCUGUCGGGAAGCAGCAGUGGUUCAAGCGGCAGAGGACGAACAGACGCUUGUUGCUUUUCUGGUCAACUGCAGGGUAGAAGCUCAAGACUUGCCUCGUAAGUUGGCACAGCAGCUGCCCAAGUACAUGGUGCCUUUGCACUUCCUGGAGAUUUCCGCCCUGCCGCGCCUGGAAAGCCAGAAAGUCGACCGCAAAAGCCUGCGGGAGCAGACCAGGGGACUGGCAACGCGAGCACAAGCACAAGAUGCAUUGGCUGAAGGUGUCCAUGCCAUGGUGCAGUACCUGGAUUCCCUGGGUUUUGCUCGGGCUGUAAGCCUGCAGACAAUGCGGCUCUACAAUCUCUGGGAUUGCCUAGCUGUUCUCGGCAUGGUGAACGUCGUCCUUUUUCAUUGGUUUUGGUGCGUUUUGAUUGAGCCUCGCACGUACCACUUUCCAGCCCCUGGUGAGCCUGCGGAGAACUCGGUAACCAUGCCGAAGCUGCCAGUGCCCCGCUGGACUUCGUUUACCUAUCGGCUCGCGACCCAAGAUUGGGCUUAUGGUGUCUUUUGUUUCGCGGCCGCCGCGCACACGUCGAGCGAACGGUCGUCUUUCACGCAGAGGGAUGCCGCGAUUUUGACCCUGUACCUUUAUGCAGGCUUUCUGCCGAUGUUCCUGUCCGUUUUCUUCUCGGAACCCUGGAGCAGCAUCGUGUUCCACGCGGAGACUAUUCAGAGAUGGUUUUUGCUUUCGCUGAUCAUUGGCAAGGCGGCGCUUGUGUUGGACACCUGGUGUGGUGAAGGUAGCUUUGCCGCGCUGGGCCUGCUUGCUGUUGCCUACAUCAGCCUGCCCUUCUGCUUCGAGAAUUUAUGCGGUUACGGUGGUGAGUAUGUCCUGCCCACGGACUGGUGGCCCACAUGCCAAGCGUGUGUCUUGACACCAAAGGUUUUGAUAUGUGCAGUGCUCUACGCCACGGCAGUGCGUUGCAACUCUGCCUGUUCAUGGCUGGUUUUGACAGCACGUCCUUGGUGGGGACUUUGUGUGUUCGGUGCAUCCAGUUUCCUCUCCUGGCUCUUCUCCGCGCAGUCGGCCAUCGAGAACGACGACCUAAACUUAUCUUGGGUACAGCGUUCGGUGGCAAGACUCGCCAGCCUGCUUCUGAUCGUAAUCCAAACCUUGUCUUUGGCAUCUCUUUGCAGACCCCUGGCAAGAACGAACUUAUUCAGAUGGCCAGCACGAUAUCUGUUGGGCGGCUAUCUCCUCAACGUAAACUUUCUGGACUUGCUCUUUUUGUCGCCGGAGGUCCGUCGGCAGCUGCUGCUUCCGCUGCAGGACGCUGGACCAGUUUGGUCCGGCAUCUUCACAUGGAUGGCCAUGAUCAUGCCGGUGGUGAUCUUCCUUCUCCUCGCAGCUCCUGCGUUCCAAUAUCUGCUCGCACCUCAGCUUUGCCCCAUGGCCUGGGUAUCCCUGGGCCCAUUCUACGAAAAAUUAGAAUAA